AUGGACGAAGUUUUAGAAAUCCAUCGUAUCGCUAAGGAAAAUUUGGAAAGCGGCAAAGUUGAGAGCAACAUGGAAUACGCUGACCAGAUUUACUCGAGUCAAAGAGUCAACGUUGAUAAAUAAAGUGAAGAAAAUCUCUGAUUACUUCGCAUCGAAACGAUUCAAUGUAAACACAGUCGAUCCCUCAUUUAAUCAGAUGUUGGAGAUUAUCGAUGCUGAAAAGAAGGUCGAUGAAAAAUAAGAAAUUAAUCGACGAAGCUGCAAGGCUUAAGUUUAAAAUCGCUGUUAGGGAAAACCAAGAAGAAGCUGCUUAUGACCCCCUGAACAUCUACCUUGAUGAUAACCUAACUGACAAGGAAAAGGAGAUCAAGAAGAUGAAGAAAUUAAUAGGAAACCAGAAAGCUUUCUAUCAAUAUAAGAAAAGAGGCUCUCUUAUGAGAGAUAAGGAUUAUUUAAAAAUCCAAAAUAGGAUCAAACAACGCCAGAUGCUUGAAACCAUCAAGAAGAACCUCUCUCAAGGUAGACGAAGACACUUGGUUAGCUCUCUCAUUGAGGAAGAUAAAAAGGUCAUUCACUCUCACCAAUCUAUGAAUUUACAAUUUGAUAAGGACAACAUCGGACUUUUUACAGAUUUAAGGAGUAUUGAUAGGGAGAAGAAGUCUAAGGCAGAGAAAACUCCGAAAGUCAGAAAUGUUUCAACAUCUCUUUACCCCAGACCAGCUAGGACAUCGAAAUUGAAGGUUACGAAUAGCUUAGUCAAGAUCAAGGAUGAGUCCAACGGGAUCAGAGCGGUCUCUAGUUCUGGAGUGAAGACAAUUUCUCCUGCCCUUUCCACUAACACGAGCAGGAAGAAUUACGAAGGCAAUUAUAUUAGUUUCGAUAGCCAUCUUUCUCGUAAGAAGACAGUGUGCGACUCUAUUGCAGAGAGAAUACCUCGGAAAAAAAUUAAACAGAUAAAUAUGCCAACUUUUGGUCAAAGGAAAAAGACCCAUAACCACACUAUGAGGAACUAUCAAAAGAGCUCAAUGGCUAAUGCUCCAGGCAUUAAUAGUUUUGCCAAACAUAGGAACAGCAUUAAUGUGGCCUCUGACUUGAAACCGGAACAUAUAAAGUUUAAGUAGACCCACUUUCCAAGGGCGAAGGGAGAAGAAAUGGGUUGCCAAAGAGAAGUUCGUUCAUGAUUCGUCCAACUUUGAUAGUAUCUUCACGAAACAAAGGUCACCAAACAAUCUCUCCCCCAAGAAGGUGAGAUUCUCAAGUCAAGAAGAGCCGAAUAGUGAACUUAAGCCUCUAGUCAGGAAAUCUCCCUUGGUCCUACGUAAGCAGAAGUCAAUCAAGAAAAGUAAAAAGUGUGUAAAACAAGUCAAGACUAAGAUCAAGGACCUGAUCGAUAAGUGAAGGUUUGCGGAAGAAAAUGAUGAGUAUAACCAAUGUCAAAAAUAUGACUGUGAUAUAUACCUUGAGGACCUCAAACAUCAAGAACUCUCAGCUACUUUAGAGAUAAUGCAGAAUAUAGAAUUUGCAGAAGCAGGUACUCUCUAUAAGUUGUUUGAGCACCAAUAUAAGAACAAGCAGCAGGAGCUUAACAGAGCAAUAGAAGUGAAUAAGGAAUACCGAUCAGGGAUCAUGGAUCCUUCCAGAGAUGUAGCCCAGCAUGAAAGACAGGCUGCUAUUAAAAAGAAAAUUAUCGCACAGAAAUCCUCCCUUGGUUAA